AUGAAUCUCUGUUUCGUAAUUCAAAGAGGGAGGAGGUAGUAGCCCAAGAAGUAUUUGAACGAACCCUAGUCCCAGGUAAUGAUUGGUAAUGAUCACCAAGUUUACUUUGUGGAAACACCUGGUGAUGAAUCUGCACUAGCUGCAAAAGGGUUGGAACAUGUUAUCCCCAGAAGGCUGCCUAGCAAAAUCCCCUUGGACAAGGUGUUUAAUGGUUUAAGACUGAAGAGAGGUAGAUCAAAUCGCCCCACUAGUCCCACAGCAACAAAGUUGAAACCUAGUCAAAUUCUAAAAUUGAAUCCUCUGCUACCCUUGCCUGGCCCUGGGAAUGUAAUGUUUCCAAAAUCUAGUGAGAGAAAGAAAAAACUAAAGAAAGGGAGGCCUGCUGCAAGAAUGCGAAAGGUGAGUCCAGAUCAAGAGAUCAAGGUAGCAGCAUUUCGGUUUAAGAGCUUUUGGCACGGGACUCGCAUGCUCGUUUACCGAAGAAGAAAGAUGAGUCGAGGAGACAAUACUUCUACUCCUCCUCCUGCUGAUGAUGUGAAUACCCGAAUGGACAUAAUGCAAAAGGCCAUUACGGAUAUGAGUUCUAUCUUUAGGGAUUAUCUUCAACAUCAGAACAACAAUAAUGCCCCACAAAACACUGGUGGCAAUUCACAACAAAUAGUGGACUAUAGAGAAGGAAAUGAGCAGUUGACAUUAGUGAAGCAAUUUCAGAACAUGAACCCGCCUAGCUUUAAGGGAGUUCCUGAUCCCGAUGUGGCUGAGUCUUGGGUUAAGAAAAUAGAAAAAAUGUUCAAGCUCCUGAAAUGUACUGACGGGCAAAAAGUGGAGCUAGCAGUGUUCACAUUAGAAGGUGAAGCUGAUGAUUGGUGGACAGCUGCUCAAGAAGGGUUUUCUAAGAGAGGGGAGGAGGUUACAUGGGACAAGUUUGUUCAGGCCUUCUAUCAAAAAUAUUUUUCUGCAGCUGUGUUGGAAAGAAAGGAGCUGGAGUUCAUGAAUUUGAAGCAAGAUGAUAUAACAGUUGAUGAGUAUCAAGCUAAAUUCAGUUCUCUUAUGAAGUUUGCUUCUCACCUUGUUAAUGAUGAAGUUAGAAAGGUAAGGAAGUUUCAAAGAGGAUUGAAAGCUUCCAUUAAGAACAAGGUGGUUCCUCAAAUGCUAAAGACUUAUGAUGAGGUCUUGGCCACGACUCAAAUAAUUGAGCAAGAUAUGGAGGAGCAAAGAAUGGAGACUCAUGACUCAAAGGGCAAGGGAAAGGCUAUCAACACCCAGCCUUUCAAUAAGAAGCCUAAACAAAGGGGGAAAAGGAAGAUCCCCGAAAGCAACAGACCAAGUUUUGAUUUUUAUAAGAGAUGCGGUAAGAUCCAUGGGGGAAAAGAAUGUUAUUGGCAGACUGGGGCAUGUUUCAAGUGUGGGAAGACUGACCACUUGAUCAAAGAUUGCCCAGUUCUCAAGGGAGCAAGUCAGCAAUCGAAGGAUCAAGAUAAUAAGAAGCCUAGGGUUCAAGGAAGAGUUUUUGCCAUCACAAAACAAGAAGCUCAAAACACUCCUACAGUUAUAAAAGAUAAGAUACCUAUCUCUUUUGGGAAUGCCCAUGUGUUGAUUGACUCUGGAUCUACCCACUCAUUUGUGUCACCUAAAUCUUAUAGAGUUAUGGUAGAGGGUAGAGUUUUACUUGCCGAUCUGAUUUUGUUAAGGAUAGUGGAAUUUGAUGUUAUACUUGGUAUGGAUUGGUUGUCUACCCAUUAUGCCAUGAUCGAUUGUUAUGAGAAGGUGGUUACUUUUUCCACUCCUAACCAGCCUGUGAUUCGAUUUGAAGGAGAAAAAGUUGGAUCAUUUCCAUUACUUGUUUCUUGCAUGCAAGCUGAUAAGAUGUUGCAGCAUGAGUGUUAUGGAUAUCUGGCAUAUGAGUUGCCUGGGUUACCUCCAAGUAGGGAGAUUGAGUUUGCUAUACACCUUGUGCCUGGUACUGCACCAAUAUCCCAGCAACCUUAUAGAAUGGCCUCAGUAGAAUUAAUUGAAUUGAAAAAGCAGUUGCAAGAGCUUCUUGAUAAGGGGUUCAUUAGACUCAGUACUUCUCCCUGGGGUGCUCCGUUACAAGGGGCUCGUAUCUUUUCCAAAAUCGAUCUUAGAUCGCGUUAUUAUCAACUAAAGGUUAAACCCGAGGAUGUGAUGAAGACUGCUUUUAUGAGCAGAUAUGGGCACUACGAGUUCCUGGUAAUGCCAUUUGGUUUAAUCAAUGCCCCUGCAGCUUUUAUGGAUCUUAUGAACAUGAUCUUUCAACUGUACUUAGAUAAGUUUGUCAUUGUCUUCAUUGAUGACAUUCUUAUCUUUUCUCCUGAUGAAGAGAGCCACAAGAAGCAUCUUACCAUUGUAUUGCAGAUUUUGCGAGAAAAGAAGUUAUAUGCCAAGUUUGAUAAGUGUGAAUUUUGGCUGAAUCAGAUUAGCUUUUUGGGUCAUAUUGUCUCGAAGGACGGCAUAUCAGUUGAUCCUAGUAAAGUGGAAGCAGUUGUGAAGUUUGUGGAGGGAUAUUCAAAGAUUUCUGGUCCGUUAACACAACUUACUCGUAAGAAUCAGAAGUUUGAAUGGACAGAUAAAUGUGAGCAAAGCUUUCAAGAGUUUAAGAACAGAUUGGUCACAGCACCAAUUCAUGCUAUUCCCGACAAUGGAGGAAAUUUUGUGGUAUAUACCGAUGCUUCUCACAAAGGCUUCGGUUGUGUACUUAUGCAACAUGAACGGGUGAUAACUUAUGGGUCUAGACAGCUCAAGACACAUGAGAGGAAUUACCCUACACAUGAUUUAGAACUCACUGCCAUAAUUUUUGCACUUAAGUUGUGGAGGCACUAUUUGUAUGGAGAAGAAUUUGAGGUGCACACUGAUCACCAAAGCUUGAAAUAUUUAUUUUCACAAAAAGAGCUUAACUUGAGACAAAGAAGAUGGAUGGAGUAUCUGAAUAACUAUAGAUGCAAAAUUGUCUAUCAACCUGGAAAGGGAAAUGUGGUUGCAGAUGCACUCAGCAGAAAAUCAACUGGCACUUUAGCAAACUUAAUGGUGAUGGAGUGGAAACUCCUAGAAGAAUUCAAGAAUUUGAAUGUCAGGUUUUUGCCACCAAAGUCUGAUGUACUAGUGUCUAGUCUGAUGGUUCAACCUAUGUUGGUGUCAAAGAUCAAGAAAGCACAACAGAAAGAUUCAAGAUUGAUGGAGUGGAUGAAGGACAAUGGGAAAAGCUCCAAAAUGGGUCUUCAUAUUUCGGAUGAUGGAAUCAUAAGACUUGGAGAUAGAAUUUGUGUUCCAUAUGAUGAAGGGUUGAGGACGGAGUUGCUCCAAGAAGCACACAAGUCCAAUUAUACCCUUCAUCCUGGGAUGGUAAAAGCAGAACACCAGAAGCCAGGAGGGCAACUUCAACCUUUGCCUAUACCGGAGUGGAAGUGGGAAGCUAUCUCAAUGGACUUCAUUGUGGGAUUGCCGAAGACGAGAAGGCAAUUUGAUGCAAUUUGGGUGAUUGUGGACAGAUUAACAAAGUCAGCUCACUUUUUGGUCAUAAAACAAAAAGACCCAUUAGACAAGUUAGCCAAGCUGUAUGUUCAGGAGCUUGUUAAACUCCAUGGGGUCCCAGUGAGCAUUGUAUCAGACAGAGAUCCCAGGUUUACUGCAAGAUUUUGGAGAUCUUUUCAGAAAGCCAUGGGAACUCAAUUGAAAUUAAGCACAGCAUACCACCCACAAACCGAUGGGCAGUCUGAGAGGACUAUUCAAGUGCUUGAAGACAUGCUAAGAGCUUGUGCAUUAGAUUUGCCUGAGAGUUGGGAUGAUCAUCUUCCAUUGGCAGAGUUUGCUUAUAAUAAUAGCUAUCAUUCCAAAGUUGGCUAUGGAAGGGUAAUGGGGCCUGAUUUGGUGCAGCAAACAACAGAAAAGGUGAAAUUAAUUCAGCAGAGGCUCAAAGUGGCUCAAGACAGACAAAAGAGUUACGCCGAUAAUAGAAGGAGACCUUUGGAAUUUGAAGUUGGAGAUCAUGUAUUUUUGAAGGUGUCACCAACUAAAGGAGUGUAUCGGUUUGGUUUGAAAGGAAAACUCAGUCCGAGGUACAUUGGCCCGUUUGAGAUUCUUGAAAGGGUAGGUGAAGUGGCUUAUAGAAUUGCAUUGCCUCCAGAAUUGUCAAAUGUGCAUAAUGUAUUUCAUGUGUUGGUUUUGAGGAAGUAUGAGCCGAAUCCUUCACAUGUCAUAAACUAUGAACCAUUAGAGUUGAAGGAAGAUUUGAGUUACACCGAACAGCCAACACAGAUUUUGGAUAGGAAAUAAAAAGUUUUGAGGAACAAGAUUGUGUCCUUAGUGAAAGUGUUGUGGCGGCAUCAUUCUGAGAAUGAAGCUACAUGGGAACUUGAAAAUCAGAUAAGGAGGCAGUAUCCAAAUCUAUUUUGUAGAUCGAGGUAGCAGCAUCUCGGUUUAGGAGCUUUUGGCACAGGACUCGCAUGCUCGUUGUAUGUACAAGCUAGGGCCUCGUGUUUUCGAUAAAGAGGCAGAUCGAUGUCUUACCAAAACCAUGACUCAGCUUUUGUUUUUUUUUUAAAAGCUUUGAAGAAGAAUUUGCCUCGUAUAAUUUUUGUGUAAAUUAGCUUUCUGUAUAAAACCUUUAAAUUAAUUAUAAAUGAGCUUAACUCGG